CCUGGGCGGUAGGUUUAUGACGCGAGGGGGCGGAGUCCGGGGAAGCUCUGUGAGACGGCCGCAGUGGUGCCCGGAGCUGGCAGCGUGUGAAUCGGACGGGAGCUCGGGAGGAGGAAGAGGCGGCCCGGGUAGGGGAGGCCGAGGACGGGACAUCCGCCCCGAUCAGUUUCCAGAGUCCCCCCAGCUGCUUUCCAAAGACAGAAGGAGGAAGUGAACGAUCGCAAAUAGAAAAUAAUUGGAAAAAGUCUUUAUUUCUGGCGAACAAUCUGAAAAUAACUGAAUUCAAAAAAGGGUUGGAAGGCCUGACCUGUAACCUGACAUGGCCACAGCCUCACCACGGCCUGGGAAUCGAAACAGUCAUGAAGGUUUACAGCUGCACGUGACAGUGUCCUGUGCCAAACUGAAGCGGAAGAAGAAUUGGUUUGGGACGACCGUAUAUACAGAAUUAGCCGUCGAUGGUGAAACAAAGAAGACUGCAAAAUCAAGCAGCUCAAGCAACCCAAAAUGGGAGGAACGGUUAACCGUGAGCGUAACCCCACAAACUACACUUGAAUUUAAGGUAUGGAGCCACCAUUCAUGGAAAGCUGAUGCGCUUCUUGGCAAAACUGUUGUUGACUUAAAUCAAGCUCUGGAGACCCACAACCGGAAGUUGGAAAGCGUGAAAGAACAACUGAAACUUUCAUUGGAUGGCAAACACGGAACAGUGCAGACCGGAGAGCUGACAGUCAUUUUAGAUGGAUUAACCGUGCAGCCCGAGUCACUUGCUACAUUUAACUCAGCAGCCACUCCAGCCAGAGAAAUCCAGCAAAAUGGGGAUGCUGUCCAUGAGAAUGGAGGUGAAACGUCUUUGGAUACAAGACUUGGAGCUAAUUGUGAUGUGCCCAAUGGGACGGCUAUUGAAACAGCAUCCGAGCAGAAUGCCUUUAAUACACAAAUAGCAAAUAUAGAUGCCACUCGUUCCCCUUCUCAUGUUGCAGCCAGACCCAAAAAUACACCAGCACCAAAUCCAAUGACUGGCAAUAGAACUGUUAAUGGCACAAGUGCUACACCUGAAGCAAAUAGCACACCUUCUCAUGAAGCUUUACCAUCUCCUGCCAGAGCCCUCUCGUCCGAUUGCAUAGACAUGAUGGACAGUACAUCUGAUGUGCCGGUAUCAAUAACUUCAGAGAGCAGCGUGUCUGCAGAAAGCAGUUCUGCUGGGGCUACAGCUGAACCAGUAAGGGCUACAGACUCUGGGGCUACAGACUCUGGGGCAUCACCUGCUGCUGGCAGCAAUAGCCCUAAUGCUGGAAAACCAAGGCAGGAGUCAUCUACAGGUUCAGGGGAUCCUGUCAGACAGCAGCCCAGCUCCGCUGCUGAGCCUUUACCACCGGGGUGGGAACAAAGGAAAGAUCCCCAUGGUAGAACCUACUACGUUGAUCACAACACAAGGACUACAACAUGGGAACGCCCACAGCCUUUGCCUCCUGGCUGGGAGAGGAGGGUGGAUGAUCGAGGGAGAGUGUAUUAUGUUGACCAUAACACAAGAACCACAACAUGGCAGAGGCCUACUAUGGAGUCCGUAAGAAACUUUGAACAGUGGCAGUCUCAGCGCAAUCAACUCCAGGGAGCUAUGCAGCAGUUCAACCAGCGAUACCUCUAUUCGGCAUCAAUGUUAUCCGCUGAAAAUGACCCCUUGGGACCUCUUCCUCCAGGAUGGGAGAGAAGAGUGGAUUCCACCGAUCGAGUCUAUUUUGUGAACCACAAUACAAAAACAACACAGUGGGAAGACCCUCGAACUCAAGGUUUACAGAACGAGGAUCCAUUGCCAGAGGGCUGGGAAAUCCGUUACACAAGGGAAGGAGUAAAGUACUUUGUAGAUCACAAUACAAAGACAACUACUUUCAGUGACCCAAGAACGGGGAAGUCAGUGGUAAGCAAAGGGCCACAGAUUGCCUAUGAACGUAGUUUCCGGUGGAAGCUUGCUCAUUUUCGUUACUUAUGUCAGUCCAAUGCACUUCCCAGCCACGUGAAGAUAACUGUAUCCAGGCAGACGCUCUUUGAAGACUCUUUCCAACAGAUUAUGGCAUUAAAACCAUAUGAUCUGAGAAGGCGAUUGUAUGUCAUGUUCAGAGGGGAAGAAGGUUUAGACUACGGAGGCUUAGCCAGAGAGUGGUUCUUCUUGCUUUCCCAUGAGGUGCUGAACCCCAUGUACUGCCUGUUUGAGUAUGCGGGCAAGAGCAAUUACUGCUUGCAGAUCAACCCUGCGUCCACCAUCAAUCCUGACCACCUCUCCUACUUCUGCUUUAUUGGGCGCUUUAUUGCAAUGGCACUGUUCCAUGGGAAGUUCAUUGACACCGGCUUCUCUCUUCCAUUCUACAAGCGAAUGCUCAGCAAGAAGCUUACCAUUAAAGACCUGGAAUCAAUUGAUCCUGAAUUCUACAACUCCCUGAUAUGGAUACGGGACAACAACAUUGAAGAAUGUAACCUGGAAAUGUACUUUUCUGUGGACAUGGAAAUAUUGGGGAAAAUCACCUCACAUGAUCUCAAACCCGAAGGUUCCAACAUCCUUGUGACUGAGGAGAACAAGGAAGAAUAUAUCGGUCUCAUGGCAGAAUGGAGAUUCUCACGUGGAGUUGAGGAACAAACCAAAGCGUUUCUUGAUGGCUUUAAUGCAGUGGUUCCACUUCAGUGGCUUCAGUACUUUGAUGAAAAAGAGUUAGAGGUUAUGCUGUGUGGCAUGCAAGAAGUAGAUUUAUCAGACUGGCAGCGGAACACCGUCUAUCGGCAUUACACAAGAAAUAGCAAGCAGAUCAUUUGGUUCUGGCAGUUUGUGAAGGAGAUGGACAAUGAAGUUCGGUUGCGGUUGAUGCAGUUUGUCACUGGUACCUGCAGGCUGCCGCUGGGAGGAUUUGCAGAGCUCAUGGGAAGCAACGGUCCCCAGAAAUUCUGCAUUGAGAAGGUUGGGAAAGAAACAUGGCUCCCUCGAAGUCAUACAUGUUUUAAUCGACUGGAUCUGCCGCCCUAUAAAAGCUACGAACAACUGAAGGAGAAGCUGCUUUUUGCAAUUGAAGAAACAGAAGGAUUUGGCCAAGAAUGAUCGGCAGCUGAUUAUUAUUAUGGACAUGAAUUGUAUGUCCAGCCAAGUAAAAUUGCACACAAUUAUUGUAUAUAUAUAUAUAUAUAUAUAUAUAUAUAUAUAUAUAUAUAUAUAUAUAUAUAUAUAUAUAUAUAUAUAUAUAUAUAUAUAUAUAUAUAUAUAUAUAUAUAUAUAUAUAUAUAUAUAUUCUGUUUAGUCUGUACAGUGAUCUUUGGCAAAGGGUGUCUGUCCCAAACGUAGAUAUUUGUUCUUCCACAUAGAUAUGCAAAAUACUUUAACCUUUUCUAUUUUUAUUUAUUUCCCCUUCAGAUGACUAAAUAGUUAGAAAAAAAAAAUAACUUUAAUUUUAAAUGCUGACUGAAGACUUUAUUUUAAAAUUUUUAUAUAUAUAUAUAUAUAUAUAUAUAUAUCUAAUGUGUAUAUACUUGGGAACUCUAGUUUUAUAGAGUUGUAAGUAUAUAGAACAUCAGCCAUUUGAGGAGGCUUGGGGGUCGCUUUAUUCAAUGAAAUGAUAAUUUGCAAACAGUCGUGUUCUUACACAGAACAUCCUUAUCACAGACGUUUAUUGCAUGGCUGCCAACAGAGGUGUUGAGAGCUACUGCCAAAAACCUUGGUUAAUUAUGCGAGAACUAUUGCUGCUGGCUUUUGUGAAUGGCAGAAUAUGCACAGUUCUGUUCCUUUCAUUUAUUCAGUGUGAUAGGCUGAUUCUAUUGAAUGUUGUAGCUGAAGCUACGAGCGUGGUCCCUACUUGCAGACGCUGCUUCCUGGCCCUGUAUAAUAGCAGUACUUCGCUCCUCUGCGUGUUGCCGUUAUUGCUCGGUAUAGACGAGGGUGGGGAGAGGACGGGCUCUGUAGGGCCACUCUAGCUUUUACAUUAGACAGUGUGAAUGACGGUCUGGCCGUUUCAACAAGGAUUACCUGGAAUAAUUUUGAAAAUAAGAUGAUGAAUAAAUUUUUUUUUUUUUGUUA